AUGAGCGACACGGAGAAGGCUGCGGCCUCGCAUACAUCAGACCCAGGCACGCAGGAUAUUCCGCGCGACCCUGAUGCGCAUCUCAGUGAGGAGGGGAGACUUGAAAUCGAACGAAAGCUAGUCAGGCGGCUCGACUGGAUCCUGAUUCCAUGGCUCUGUAUCCUUUACCUCUUGGCAUUUCUCGACAGAACCAAUAUUGGAAAUGCGAAAAUCGCCGGCUUAAACAAGGACUUGGGCUUGACGAGCUCCAUGUACAACUCGUCGCUCACAAUCUUCUUCGUCUCGUAUGCGGUGUUCGAGCCCUUGACGAACAUCCUGCUCAAGAAGUUGCGACCGUCUAUUUUCAUUCCGAUCAUCAUGAUCCUCUGGGGUGCAUCGAUGACAGGCAUGGGAUUCGUACACAACUGGAGUGGGUUGAUGGCCGCACGCUGGUUCCUAGGUCUUACCGAGGCUGGACUUUUCCCUGGUGUCAACUACUAUCUGUCAUGCUGGUACAAGAGAUCAGAAUUUGGCAUUCGUGCUGCCAUCUUCUUCUCAGCAGCAGCCAUCUCGGGCUCAUUUGGCGGCGCCCUCGCAGCAGGCAUCGAGCAAAUGGCCGGCGUCGGCGGCCGCCCAGGCUGGGCAUGGAUCUUCAUCCUCGAAGGCCUCCUCACCGUACUCUUCGGCGUCGCAUCCUUCUGGAUGGUACACGACUUCCCCGACGAGGCCAAGUUCCUUUCCGAAGACGACCGGGCCCGCGUCAUUCGCCGCCUCAAGAUGGACCAGCAAGCCUCUGCCAACCACGAGGAGUUCAAGAUGACAUUCUUCUGGCAGGCUGUCAAGGAUUGGAAGAUGUGGCUGGGCAUGGUCAUCUACAUGGGCUGCGACAUGCCUUUGUACGCCUUUAGUCUGUUCCUACCUACUAUCGUCAACGAACUUGGAUGGAAUACGAGUAUUGUAAGAUCGCAGCUGAUGACGGUGCCGCCUUAUGCUGUGGCGGCGAUCUUCACAGUCUUUAUCGGAUAUGUUGCGGACAGAACCCAGCAACGCGGUCUAUGUAACAUAGGAGUCAGUCUCAUUGGCAUCGUCGGCUUCUGCAUGCUCAUCGCCACCGAGAGCGCACCAGUCAAAUAUGCAGGCACCUUCCUCGGAGCUCUCGGCAUCUACCCGUGCAUCGCCAAUACCAUCACGUGGGUCGCGAACAACAACGAGGGCGUCUACAAGCGCGGCGUGGUGCUGGGGUUCGUGAUUGGCUGGGGAAAUUUGAACGGCAUCGUCAGUUCAAACAUUUACUUCCACGGCCCGCGGUUCCCGGAGGGUCAUGGUGUCGUGUUGGCGUACAUGUCUAUCUUCUUGUGCGGCGGCAGCGCUCUCAUGACGACGUUGCUAAGGAUCGAGAACAAGAAGAGGAGGCAGGGCAAGAGAGAUCACUGGGUUGAAAAUAAGUCUGAGAAGGAAAUUGAGGCACUUGGGGAUAAGAGGCCGGACUUCCAGUACACAUUGUGA